UUUUAAGUCUAACAGUGUCGCCGUAAACAAGAAAUUAUUUUGGAAAGAUUUUCGUUGAAAUGUUCACGAUUCUACAGGAAUAAAUUGUUUAUAAUUAAGUGAUGAAAGAUGAUAAACUCUGUGGCAAUAUUUCUUUUAAUAUUGUUCGUUGUAAACAUAACAGCUGAGAAUGGUGUAGAUGUGCGAAUAAAGAGGAACGUAAUUCAUGGUCCCAUAAAGUUGAUCAAUGAACCGGCUUGUAGGGAAAUAAAAAAUUUGUGCAGCAAUUUACCGGACGAUGCAGAUGAUUUAAUCGUUCUGGAAUGCGUACAAACGUUUCUUACAUCACAAAUCGAGUCUCUGCCGGACGAAUGCCAACACUCGAUUUGGUCUCAUACGUCAGAACUUCUCGAAGAUGUUAACGUGGCCAGAUUGACACAAAAAGUCUGUGCAAAUGAUCUACCUAAAAUGAGCUGUAAAGUAACUAAAGAGCCGGGACACAUGUUGGCCUGCUUACUGGAUCAUCAAAAUGACAUUAAAAGUGCCGGAUGUCGAAGUGUUAUUCAAAAGCUGGAAUGGGUUGCAUUUUCGGAUUUUCGAUUAAUCGGAUCAUUUGUACGAGAUUGUGAAAGCGACAUUAAAGAAAAUUUCUGUGGACGUUUGAGUACCGAUAAAAAUACUCUGUCACAAGUUGACACUUUAGCCUUCUUACAAAGCAAGAUUGACGAUUUAACAAAGGAAUACAGGAAGGGCAUUUUACGUUUGUCUGAACUACAGUCGGACAAUGUGAGACUCGAUAAAAAGUUAUUCUUAGCGUGUACGGAAGAUACACGGCGAUUUUGUCCGGACAUAAGGCCGGGAACGGGAGCCGUGUAUAAAUGUCUGAUUAGAAAUAAAAAUGAUCAAACCAUGUCAUCUCUGUGUAAAGAGCAACUGCUGCGUCGCGACAAACUUAUUGCACACGACUACAAAGUAAGCAAAGGUCUGGCAAGAGCAUGCAGAGAAGACAUUAAGAACAACAAAUGUCGACGAGGCGUUUCCGAAGACAAAGAUGUUCGACUAGCACAAAUUCUUUUGUGUUUGGAAGCAGCUAAUAAAAAUAAUACAAAAAUAUCACCAGAAUGUCUGGCCGAAAUGACAGAUCAUCGGAAAUUGCUGAUGGACGAUUUUCAACUCUCUCCGGAAAUUUUGACUGGUUGCGCUGAUGACAUAACAAAAUUUUGUGAUAAUUUGGAGGCUGCGGGUAAAACCAUCCAUUGUUUAAUGGAACACGCAAGACCGAAAAAGAAAAAGGAUCGCAGAAUAACGUCGACGUGCCAAAGAGCUUUGGAAAUGGUCAUAAAGGUGAGCGAUGUUGCAGAAGAUUGGCGUGUCGAUCCAGUUUUGCGAAACGCAUGCAAGCCAGUUGUAGAUUUAGCUUGUCGUGAUGCUAGCAGUGGUGAUGCUCGAGUUAUGUCUUGCUUAAUGGAGAAAAUCGGAACAAAACUUAUGACGUCUGACUGCGAAGUUGCUCUCAUGCAAAUUCAAUAUUUUGUGGCGCGUGACUUUAAAUUGGACCCACAAUUGUACAGAAAUUGCAAAGCUGACGCCAUUUCCCUUUGCCAUGCUAAGCCGUCAUGGGAUGACGCUGAUAAUGCUCCCAUGGAUCCGGAUCGAGGACCAUUAAUUUUACCAUGUUUAUACAGAAGUGCCUUUCAUCUAGAUAAAAACGUUCAACUGAAACCCGAAUGCUUCCAGGAAAUAAAACGUGUUAUGAGGCAACGUGCUAUUUCGGUUGAUCUGAUUCCAGAAGUCGAGGAUAUGUGCAUAGACGACCUAGCCAAUUUUUGCUUCGAUAAAACGCAAAAAGGUGAAGAAAUGCAAUGUCUGCAGGACAACUUAGAGAAACUAGCUGAGAACUGUAAGACCGCGGUCAUUACCUAUACCGAAGAGGAGGCCGCGCACAUCGAAUUGAAUCCAAUCAUAAUGUCCCAUUGCCGUAACGAAAUGGAAAGGCACUGUGAUUCCAUAUUGAAAAAUGGUAGAGAUGAAGGUGACAUGAUGGAAUGUUUGAUUGCACACAAAAAUGAUGCGGAUUUCCGGCAAAACAUCAAAUGUCGUGCAGUAAUCGAACACUUUCAAAUUACUUCACUGAAGAAUUAUCACUUCACCUACAAAUUCAAAGAAGCGUGUCGACCGCAUGUAAUGAGAUUCUGUCCGAAUAGCAAUACCAAGUACGAUGUAGUGGAGUGUUUGAGUGAGGUAAUGCGAAAUGACACCCUGAAAGGUCAACGGCAUACUAUACCGAAGGAAUGCAGACAGCAAGUGCGUGCUCAGUUAUACCAGCAACGGGAAAAUAUCGAUUUUGAUCCAAAAUUGAAAAGUGCUUGUAAGGAGGACAUAAAAACAUUUUGUUUGAAUGUCCCAAAUGGUGCUGGCCAGGUGAAUAAGAAAAAUGUAUUAGAAUGCCUACAAAAUCAGCACGAAAAACUGGGACCAACGUGUCGGCACGCAAUUUUCGCUAUUAGAAAGUCAGAGCUGACAGAUAGUGCGACCGAUUACACAUUAUUGAAUUCUUGUGCGGCCAUGAUACGGCAAUAUUGCCGGGAAACUGAAACCUCCAAGACAUUGGAAUGUCUAAAAAUUCACAAGGACGAACCUCUGUUUGAUGGUGUGUGCAAAUUGGUUGUUGUCAAUCGCAUGAUUGCGCAAAAUAUGGAUUAUCGAUUCAAUCCUAUGCUGCAAAACGCGUGCUCAGAAAAUAUUGCCGAAUAUUGUACCAAUGUUGUAGCGUCCGCUAAACAAAAUGAAGAAUUGAACGGCAAGGUUGUGGGUUGCCUGAAAACCAAAUUCCGUGAGGGGAAGCUGACGAAAAAGUGCGAAGAGCAAAUGACUGAAGUGUUGCACGAGCAAGCUUUGAAUUAUAAAUUGAAUCCGCUGCUGAAAUCUGUGUGCAGUGCCGAAAUUUCGUUUCUGUGUAAACCGAAAGAUGACGUUGAAGAGUACGGUGAAGUCGAGGAAUGUCUAAAAUUGGCAUUUUUGAAUCAUCAAAUCAUUGCGCAGGAGUGCAAGUUUGAGGUGGCUACCUUGAUUCAAGAGGCCAAGGCAGACAUACAUGUGGAUCCUCUGCUACAACGGGCAUGCACCGUGGAUCUACUGAAGUAUUGUUCAAACGUGCCUCGCGGAAAUGGAAGGCUACUAAAAUGUCUUCAAGUGAUACUCGCCGACGAAUCAAAGGCGUUGGAACCGGAUUGUAAAUCGAAAUUGGAAAAGCGAAUGGAAAUGUUCCGAAAUGCAGCGCCGUUGAUCGCUCACGCACCAGAAGACUUGGGGCAGCUCUAUUCGCAGGUAGCUACAUCACCAGCUCGGCGAUAUUUUAUUGUGUUAGGGCUCUCAGCAGUUGGCUUUACUUUCAUUUUUGGUAUGUUUUUCGGUCGCUAGUUUCGAAGGCAAGGCAUUGCGAAAAAUAAGUAGGGUCGAACUCAACCAAUUUUUGUUUCUCUUGAAAGCUCGAAUUCGAAUCAAUUUGUAAAAUUUUGAUGAAUGAGGAUUGUUUUCUGUGACCUAGAAUGGAAUAAAGAUUUUGAUUUUUA